CAUGUGAAACCCAUGCACCCUCCCAUCUGCACAGCUUUCAGGAAUCCCUUCUGUUUGCCAAGUUAUAGCUUCGCACUUAGUGCUUUCAGUUUCACAUUACUCGAAAACCUUUGCUCACAAUUCAAGGUCUUUAGGAAAUCCAGAAAGCCUCAUGACAUCAGGAAAUUAAAAGUCCAACCAUCCAGUGAAAGACAGACAGGUAACAGAAACCACUCCAACCUAAACUGAGGAGAAAAAACAGACAAGGUUGCACCCUGGACAUGGCCUCAGAGACCCACAUGCCAGCCCCAGUGUGCCUCAUUGAGAACACUAAUGGGAAACUAGAAGUUAAUCCAGAAGCUUUGAAGAUCCUGUCUGCCAUUACCCAGCCUCUUGUCGUGGUGGCUAUUGUGGGCCUCUAUCGCACAGGCAAAUCCUACCUGAUGAACAAGCUGGCUGGGAAGAAAAAAGGCUUCUCUCUGGGCUCCACGGUGCAGUCUCACACCAAGGGAAUCUGGAUGUGGUGUGUGCCUCAUCCUGAGAAGGCAGACCACACCCUCGUUCUGCUUGACACUGAGGGCCUGGGAGAUGUAGAGAAGGGUGACAACCAGAAUGACUCCUGGAUCUUUGCCCUGGCAAUACUGCUGAGCAGCACCUUUGUGUACAACAGCAUGGGGACCAUCAACCAGCAGGCCAUGGACCAGCUGCACUAUGUGACAGAGUUGACAGAUCGAAUACGGGCAAAAUCUUCACCUGAUGCAAAUGAGGUUGAGGAUUCUGCUGACUUCAUAAGCUUCUUUCCAGAUUUUGUGUGGACACUGAGGGACUUUUCCCUAAACUUGGAAGCAAAUGGACAAUCCAUCACAGCGGACGAGUACCUGGAGAAUUCACUCAAACUUAAGAAAGUUACCAAUCAAAAGGAUGAAAAUUUUAAUCUUCCUCGACUCUGUAUCCGGAAGUUCUUCCCAAAGAAGAAAUGCUUUAUCUUUGACCGGCCCACUCACCGGAAGAAGCUAGGCCAGCUUGAGACCCUACAUGAUGAUGAGCUAGACUCUGACUUCAUGCAACAAGCUACAGUCUUCUGCUCCUACAUCUUCAACAGUUCCAAAGUUAAAACACUUCCAGGAGACAUCAAGGUCAAUGGACCUCGACUGGAGAACCUGGUGCUGACCUACAUCAAUGCCAUCAGCAGUGGGGGUCUGCCCUGCAUGGAGAACGCGGUCCUGGCCUUGGCCCAGAUAGAAAACUCAGCCGCAGUGAAAAAGGCCAUUGCCCUCUAUGAUGAGCAGAUGGCCCAGAAGGUGCAGCUGCCCACAGAAACCCUCCAGGAGCUGCUGGACCUGCACAGGGCCAGUGAGAAACAGGCCAUUGAAGUCUUCAUCAAGAACUCAUUCAAGGAUGUGGACCAUUUAUUCCAAAAGGAAUUAGCGGCCCAGCUAGAAAAAAAGCAAGAAGACUUUUGUAAACAGAAUAUGAAAGCAUCAUCAGAUCGUUGCUCAGCUUUACUUAAGGAUAUCUUCAAUCCUCUGGAAGAAGAUAUAAAACAGGGGAUUUAUUCUAAACCAGGAGGAUAUCGUCUUUUUAUCCAGAAGAUGCAGGAGCUAAAGAAAAAAUACCUUCAGGAACCCAGGAAGGGAAUACAGAGUGAAGAAAUUCUUCAGACAUACUUGGAGUCCAAGGAGGCUGUGACUGAAACAAUUCUACAGACAGACCAGACUCUCACAGAGAAGGAAAAGGAGAUUGAAGAGCAACGUGUGAAAGCUGAAUCUGCAGAGGCUGCAAAAAAAAUGUUGGAGGAGAUGCAGAUAAAGAAUCAGCAGAUGAUGGAGCAGAAAGAAAAGAGUUAUCAGGAGCAUGUGAAACAACUGACUGAGAAGAUGGACAAGGAGAGGGCCCAGUUAAUGGCAGAACAAGACAGAGUUCUCAGUCUUAAACUUCAGGAACAAGCCCAGUUACUGAAGGAAGGAUUCAAACGGGAGAGUGAAAAACUUCAUAAAGAAAUACAGAAUCUCCAGAAUAACAUGAAAAGAAGGAAGAGAUGUAUCUUAAGCUAAAGACUUAAGCAAUAGAGCUUUCCUGUUCACUCUUGGCUGAAGGCAUAACUCAAGCAGUUUUAGAAUUUGGAAAAAUGUCACUACACUGGAGAAAAAGUGACCUUCUUUAAGCUGAUUAAAAAGAAUCUACAAAAAACCCUUCACCUAACAUAUUUAAUGAUGAAAAACUGAAUGCUUUGCCCUUAACUCAGGAACAAAGCAAGAAUAUCUAGUCUCUCCAGUCCUGUUAAACAUUAUACUAAAAGGGUUAAUACAAUAUGGGAGAAAAAGGAAUAAAGGCAUAUAGAUCAGACAAAA